AUGACUUCGAAAGCCUGUCUGCACUCCGAUGUUCGUGAAUUCGACAGUCUGAGAAGUUGCCUCGCGUGCGGUGACACUUGGUUCCCCACCCAAGGAGAGUCUUCAGACGAUGCUGAGCAGUACGUCUACACAGAUCUACGAUGUCUGGAACGUGGGCAAACAAUCCGAAUCGUAGUCAUUGAACCAGGGGAGUAUUCGGAAUCUUUGCGCUGCACACUCGAAUUAUCUGAUUUGCGGCACACGAACUAUCACGCAGUUUCAUAUACCUGGGCAACAGAAGACGGAGAUGAGACCAAAACACAGCAAGUACUUAUCGACAACAAAAUUCUGUCCGUUACCAAGAACUGCGAGGCAGCGCUUCGUCGAUUGAGGAAACAUGGCCCACAUAGCAGAUUCUGGAUAGAUGCAAUCUGUAUCAACCAGUCAAGCACCGCCGAACGGAAUCAUCAGGUAUAUCUUAUGGACAAAAUCUACCAGAAUGCUAUGCGAGUUCACAUAUGUAUCGAGGACAACCGAUUCGACUACACCGAGGCUAUGCGCUGGCUUGCGCAUGAAAAGGCUGGUGAACGCAGACCCCCUUCUCAACUAGAAACACUUUUCCAGUGCCGGUACUUCAGCCGCGUUUGGGUCACACAGGAAGUAGUCCUAGCGGCAGUCCUUACCCUGCAUGUCAACAACGACCACCUAGAGUUGUCGCGGCAGGUAUUGUCAAACAUGCAGGUGGCUGAUACAGUCCCAAGACUUUUUCAAGCCCUCAUGGAAUCAACAACGCAACAGUCUUUGGAGCAGCUACUGAAAUUGACCUUCGCCGCAAAUUGCUCCGAACCAAAGGACCGAAUAUAUGCUGUCCAUAGUUUGCUUGACGCGCCAGCCAAGAAGUGGAUUCCUAUCGACUACUCGCUUAGUAUGGAGGAGAUAUUCACAAAUGUUGUUCUUGCCUACAUCGACACUACUAGAACCCUCGACAUACUUCUCUUGACACGCAUGGACUGUUCCAAUUUGGUCAUGGACUUGAACAACCUCUCUAUCGAACAGUUUGCAAGUCAUUUUCAUACACCUAAAAAUUCCAGAGCCACGGAUCGCGACGUGCUAGCGCCUAAGACAUGGAGGCCACAUGUCCACAUCGAGUGUUCCGAUAGGAUAACCGCUUCGGCCGAUAUAGAGGCCAUAGAUCACCUCUCUUCACCAGUUCAAGUUUCAUCAGACCUAAUCCCUCUCGGACAAAUCUUACCCAAGCUAAUGGUUCGGGCAUAUCACAUCGACAACGUGAGAGGCAGGAGCAAUUUCUCCCUCGAGUUCUUUCUACGAAGAUUCCAUAUGAGUGCCAUGGACGCUGAGCUGUCAAUUUCUGCCAGAGGGCAACACAACGGACAUCAAAACACUUCUUGA